AUGGAUUGGAAAGUGACCGUAAUCACUUACAACGUGGCGAUGAAGCCGUCGGAUUCGCAGGCAGUCAACAAUUUGCUCGCGGAGCAAGUAGACGAGCAGACGCACGUGGCGGCCGUCGGAUUGCAGGAAGUGGCGCACUCGGAGACGAUCGGAGGCGCCGUGCAGACGUGGGCGGCCGCCGUGGCCGAGUGGAUGAACCGGAAGGCGCGCAUGGUUCUGCUGGCCAAGAACUACCAGGCCACCAACCAGAUAUUCGUUUUUGCACGCAAACAACUCAUCGGACAAGUGCGAAAUCGCCUUAAAACGAAGAAUUUCUGAAUUUGCGUUCUCAGAUAAAACGGAUCGAUUACCGUUUCGAGCGGAACACGAUGGGCGGUCUGACCGGCCACAAGGGAUCGAUCGGAGUGCGUCUGCAGCUGAACAGUCCCUAUUCGGUCGUUUUUGUGGACAGCCAUUUCAUGCACGGUCCCGAACAAUAUCGGAAACGCGUCGAACAGUACCACACCAACCGGACUUGCACUUUUUAUGAGGAUAAGAGUGUGAGGUGAGGACCGACGAGGAAAAAUUCAAAAAAAAACCUAGAAAAUAAAACGAUUCUCACAUUUCAGGGCCGCUUUCUGGUUCGGAGACUUUAAUUUCCGUGUGGAAGAAGACAUGGACGUGGUGAUUCAAAAGAUCAAAAACGGCACAUUUCUAGAGCUCCUAGGUGCAGAACACCCCUUUUCUUACUCAUUUUCACCCAUCUCUCCAAUUGCAGACAGUCGUGAGCAGCUGAAAAGAGCCAUGAUCGAGCGAGACGCGUUUAUCGGAUUCCAUGAGCAACCGAUCACGUUCGAGCCGACCUACCGAGUCGUUGUGGGCACUUCGGAGCCGGACGGGAAGCGAGUGCCCUCGUGGACGGACAGAGUACUGUACAAGGGCGACGGCAUCACCGCAUUGGAGUACUCGAACAAUAAAAAAGCGCUGGCAAGCGAUCAUUUGCCCGUCGUUGCCAAGUUUCGGAUAACGGUAGGCUCACGAAUGAGUACGGUAGCUUACUGUGCUCUCUUCAGGCUCCGGUGGCUCCGAAACCUCAAUGGCAAGUGGUUUUCGAGCAUCUUCCGCCCUGGUAUCGAUCGGUUCCGCUGAUCGGACGGUUCCAGGUCAACGAACUGUAUUACAAGCAAAACGGAAGUUAUCGGGACUGGAUUGGAGUGUUUCCGGUAAGUUGAUCGUGAGAAAAUCGCAUCCGAUCGAUACAUUUGCAGGCCUCGAUCGACGACUGCACAUCGGCCACCAACUGGAUUUACGCGGCCACGUGUUUCGAGCAGACGAUCGAAGAGGAGAAGUUCAUGGCGUGCGAGUUCACGGACCUUCCGCUCGGCACCUACCGUCUCGGCUACUUUUCAGUCUACCUCAACUGCCUCGUCGGACUCUCCAAAACUUUCCAAAUGACUGACCAACCCUAG